GGGUUUCAUCAUGUCGGCGAUGUAUCGGUUCGAGUGUAUCGCAUCACUACAGAAGAUACCGAUGAGACUGGUUGCUCUGUACGUGCUGUUGAUAUCCGGUUAGUACACAUAAUGGAGCUUUUCACCGAUUAAAAAAAAAGUUGAUUUGAAUAAAAACAGAUAAAUCGAACAACCCUAACUGAAAAUUUCAUUAAAAUCGGAUGUAAAAUAAGAAAGUUAUGACAUUUUUAGAUUUUGCUUAUUUUCACAAAACGGUGAUAUGCACAUCCUGGUCGAUAUGCAAAUAAAGGGACUGAUGACAUCACUCACUCACUAUUUUGUAUUUUAUAUGAAAUAUUCAAAUUUUCUCCUCAUUUUCCUGUGAAGCAAAGUUUUUUCCUCCCUGAACAUGUGGCAUUACCAUUGUUAUAAUAUUUUAAAGUUCAGUUAAGUUGGUCCUUGAUGUCAAAUUGGUAAAAAUUAAAAUAUUGUAUAGUUCAAACAAUAAAAACAAAAGAAAUAGUGAGUGAUGGACAUCAUCGACUCUCUCAUUUGCAUGUCACUAAGUUGUGCAUAAGUGUCUUGUGAAAUAUAAGCGAAACUUUAAAAUGUUAUAACUUUCCUAUUUUACAUCCGAUUUUGAUCAAAUUUUCAGCAUUAUGCUUGUUUGAUUUUUCUCUAUUUAUUCGAAUCAACAUUUUUCUGGGGUGGACUUGACCUUUAAUUUGAGCGUCGUUUAUUCCCUUAAGGCCUCUAUAUCAUGCAACAGAUUAUGAAAUAUGAAACAACCUUUCAGGUUCAUCUUACAUUAUCGAGAGGAUACUAUAGCAACAUCACGAGCAAUUAUACCAGUCUUUUUUAUGUACUGAAGAAACCACCCUGUCUUAGGAAAACAAAGAAAAAUAGAUAAUAGUCACUUAGCACUCAACAAUCUCAAUGUUAGUUCCUCUUCAAACAAGUAUAAUUAAAUGACAAUUUUUUUUUUAAAUCGCAUUUUGCAUUAAAUGUGAAAGUUUCAAGAAGUCAAAUAAUUUUAUUUGAAGUUCGGCAUAUUAGGAAUAAUUAAAUCAUAAUUUUGCUCUGCUGCAAGCCCUGUGGUCGGAGUAAAGUCCAAUCGGCUUGAAGUCACUGUCGAUGGUGACGUCAUUACGAUUUGGAUUUGAAUUUGCUUUUAUUCCUACCAUGGACCUUCGUAAUAGGACCAUGUUCCUACAGAGAGGUUCGAACUAGACUGAAUUUCGAUUUCAGUAUAUAGUCCUAUACCACUACUCUGAUCGCUAAGAUGAUUAGUGGUUGAAAUGUUCGUAUCAAAUGUUAGUACAAUAGUUUCUUUGAAAUUCGGAACGCAACGAAUCGCAUAGUGCGCGCUGGGCUUAAGAAACCCUUCCUUACUCUUCACUUCACAAAAUUACCUUCAAAGAGCUUUCUUUUUGAUAUUACAGUGGUGUUCAAGAGUAAGUGAACCCCACAAGAAAAUCAAUAUAUUUCCAGUGUUCAAGUUCUGCUGUUUUUACAUAUUUGAUUGUAAAGUCAGGUGAUAAAAUAUUCAUUAAACAAAGUUUGUUUAUCAGGGCUCGCCGAACAUUGUGGUGAACUAGUGAUGUUGCCUCCAUUAACACUUAGCAUGAAGGAGUGCAUUUUAUGGUAGAGUUAACUAACUUUUGAGCACAACUGUAUAUGUUCUGUAACCUAUAUUUUUUUUAUGAAUAUAAAGGUUGAUAUUGUUGGAACGUUGAGUUUACAGACCGAUUUAAUGGCACUUAUGGAAAAAAUAUAACAUUCUCCUAUCGACACUAACCUGUGAAGGAGUCUUAUAUUAUACACAAUAAUAUAUACAGCUGGUUAUUCCAUUCGCAAUACAUUAUUUGUUUUAUCUUAUAAUGACUCAUAUUAUCUGAAUUUGUGUUGAAAUUUGGAUGUUUGUUUCAUUCACUGUGUGGUUUCGAAUCCUGACAACACUAGAUUUCAUUUCAUUUGCAGAAGUUACAUUCCUGACUACAUUUUAGAGAUCUUUGGAAGAUAAACAUGCACAUGCAUCUUUUAAAUUUGGCUUAAGCAAAUCUAUUUCCAGAAAUAAAUUCCUUUACUUCUCUUUUUCUAUUUUCUGAAAUUGUUAUUCUCAAACAUCUUCGGUAUGUCCCAAAUAUAAUUUCAUUCCCCCAUUAUGAACUGCUAAGCUGGGGCCUAUGCGGACUCGUGUCGUAGAAGUGACGAACAGAACUGCUGUAGCGAUGGUCAUGGCCUCAACUACACUUUACCCAUGUUCACCCCAUGCCAGACGAUAAUGGAUGGUGGGUUAGCGGUUCAAACCAUCCCAAAGCUCAUCAAAGUUCCUCACGUGACCCAAUGUAGGAGGAAGAAGGAGCUUGGAAUUCUCUUCGGAUACAGAAUCUGUCGCCUUCCCGACUGUAAGAACGACCCAUGUACACAAGGCUGGUGUGAAGAAACGAUGACGGGAUAUCGGUGCCACCCGAUUGCUGACAACGAAGACAUCAACACCACCACCACUCUUACCAGCUCCAUCACUACUAUAGCCAGCACCGCUGCUCCCACAACCAACAACACCGCCACCAUCCCCACAACCACCGGGUCUUUGCCAACAACUACCCGGACAAAGACCACAACGUCACCAUGGUCAACCCGACCCACGACAACGCCUCAUCAACAAAUUUGCCAAUCGAAUCCUUGUCUAAACGGAGGAACUUGCAAACUAAUUCUCGGCACAAACCCACAUCAAGCUUUUGAAUGUGAAUGCUCAUGGGAGUUCUACGGAACAUUAUGCGAAUGUUCUACACUCUACACACCCGACGUGGCCACUAGUAGAACGUAUACUUUUCCAAACUUCUGGAUCCCUGGCAAUGUGACAUCAUUUGACUUUAUGGUUAGCGCAGACAAUGAUGCACACAUUGGCCUAUUCCCGAGUAACACAACAGAAGAGAGAUACGAAUUGGCUAUCGGUGGGUGGUGGAAUACCGGUGGACGAAUCGUACGAGGUACCACUCCCUCUAGCUGGGACAUAUUAUAUCCUCCAACCUAUAAUGUUAGUCUCUCCCAAAUACCAGAAUUCGAUCAUUACCAGCUAUCGUUCGCCAGUGGACAUAUUCAGCUAAGCCAGUAUGAUAAUGGUACGGUAGUAAUGGCGGCCCGGGAUUCCCAGCGACAGCCGCUUCAAGUCUCUUAUGUAGGAAUUUGGACUGGUUUCGGAUCAGUUGGUUAUUGGAGAUUCCCGACGUUCUGCCCAAGCAUACCGCGGGUCCCGACAAAUUAGCCAACCAUACAUGCAGACAUUAUUAUGAUUCUUUGAUACAAGAGAAUUAGAAUAUUGAAAAAUAAAGUUUAGUACAUAAGUUAUCUUUGUUAUUAUUUGUCAAUAUGUAAUCAGUAACGGA